GUGGCCAUUGGUGGCGUCGUCAUGUAUGCUCCUGCAAUAGCUCUAGAGGCAGUAACUGGUCUUUCGACGUGGGUCUCUAUUUUAAUUAUGGCAGCAGUAGCAACAUUCUAUACAACACUGGGAGGUAUUAAAGCCGUUAUUUGGACAGACGUCUUCCAAUUCUUGAUCAUAAUGAUAGGAAUGAUUAUCGCAUUAGCAAUGGGUUGCAGUCGAGUUGGAGGCUUCGCAAAUAUGUGGGACCUGUGUCAGAGAGGUGGAAGAAUCCAGCCAAUAGACUUUGACUUGAACCCAUUGACGAGACAUACCUUCUGGGGCCUCACUAUUGGUGUUGGGGUAAUCUUUACAAAUCCGUAUGGAGUAAGCCAACCUGGAGUGCAGCGUUUUUCAGCAACACGAUCACUCAAAGAUGCCAGACUGACCAUGCUAACAGUUAUUCCCGCCGUUUGUGUGAUUUAUGCGCUGACAGCUCUUGUAGGGCUCACGGUGUAUGCCUAUUACUCUCACAUUCAAUGUGACCCUCUGGUUAUUGGAGCUGUUACUAAUAUAAAUCAGAUAUUCCCCUACUUUGUAAUGGAUGUACUUGCGGUUCCAGGCAUACCAGGGAUAUUUCUUGCAGCUAUGUUUAGCGCCGCAUUGAGUACGAUAUCAUCACUUGUUAAUUCCCUUGCUGCAAAUAUCUGGGAGGACGUUCUUAGAGAUCGCUUUCCUAACGCAAGCCUUGCUAGGGCGACGCAUAUUACAAAGGGAUUGGUGAUUGUAUUUGGGAUUUUGUCGACUGUGAUGGCGUUUGUUGCUAUGAAGAUUCCUGGUCAAAUCUUGCAGGUCACCGUGGCAUUGGGCGGAGCAGUUGGAGGGUCGGUUGUUGGGAUGUAUUGUCUUGGAGCCUUUACGACCAGCUGCAACUGGAAGGGAGUAACAGCUGGAGGAUGGGUCGGUUUUGCUUUCUUAUUGUGGAUCGCUUUGGGGGCGUUCACGAUCAAAUCCACGAAACACAUCCUUCCCCCGGCGUCAACUAACGGAUGCUAUGUUAAAAACGUCAGCGAACUCUUUAAUGAAACUAGUACAACGCCAUAUUCAACCAAUGAAUAUCAGAUUGGCUUCUCCAAUUCAAGCACUGUUUCGCCUGUACCAGCGGUCGAGGAGGGACACUUGGACAAGUUUUACUCAAUUUCUUACACCUGGUAUGGCUUGAUAGGACUCAUUGUGACGUUUACAGUAGGGAUGCUCGUAAGCUUGGUGACAGGUUUUAGUGAUAAAGACGAUGUUGAUGAGGAGACAUAUAUUAAAUGGCCAGAUUUGCUGUUCUGCUGUCUCCCCGAGUCGUACAGGGUGGGGUUAUGGAGAAAAAUUACAGGCUCACGAAAUCUUGAUAACAAGGAUGGAGAUGCUAGGGAGAAUGCAGAGCCUGUUGAAAUGGAGAGUCUGAUGGUAAAAAAUGGAAU